UCGAAAGUCUGCAACUCUGCAUGCAAUGACUUCGAGAAAAUUAUUUUGGAAAAGAAGAAAGUUCUCAUCUGACCAUUCAGUGAUUUGCUAUUGGUGGUCACUGGUGCAUUGGUAGGUUGUCUACAUCUGGUGUCCGGUGUUUGGAGCUCCCGUGGACGGUAUUAGAGGUUAUAAUAGGACAGCCGCGCUCUUGUUUCUGAUCAUCGCCUUUCAGCUGGAUUGCAGGCUGUGAUUUUUUGCCACCUCACACAAUACUACUAGUCAUACAUUAUUCGCUCUUCCCUGUGGCCCACAAGAAUUGGGUGUAAUAUUGGAGUGGAAAUGGUGCUGCUGGUUUCUUCGUGAGUUUUCAUCUCCACAUCGUAUCCUCGGAGCAGUGUAUUGUGUUACUCAACAUGAAGUUGCCCAAAGUCAUUCAUUGGGGGCCACUGGUGACGAUAUUUCUCGUUGGAUUCAUUUUCUAUUGGUCACUUGUGGCACUGUCUAUAAACUGGUCAUGGAGAACGACCAGCGGUGCCGUACACUAUAUUCUGUUCCUCAGCAAUGUGUUCUUUCUCUGCAUCAACUACUUCCAUGCCAUGCAGCAUGGCCCUGGCUUUGUACCCCUCGGCUGGAAGCCGAAGAAUGCCAAGGAUGAGAAAAUGCUGCAGUUCUGUACGGCAUGCCAGGGCUUCAAGCCGCCUCGCGCGCAUCACUGUCGCAGCUGCGGCCGCUGUGUAAUGAAGAUGGACCACCAUUGCCCGUGGAUCAACUCCUGCGUCGGCCAUGAGAACCAUGCAACAUUCACCCGGUUCGUGCUCCAUGCUCCACUAGGCUGUGGCUAUGCUACGUACCUACAAGGAGCAUUCCUCUAUAGACUGCUGUUCGCCAGUCGUGUUCCGCGAGAGGCAGUGUUCUUCUUCCAGUCAAUGUCCUCGGCAUUCAUGCUCUUCCUGAGCAUUGGCUUUGCGCUCGGUGUGACGUUAAGUGUGACCGUGCUGCUCUUCUACCAGCUGAGGUCCAUCAUUCGAAAUCGCACCAUGGUAGAGGACUGGAUCCUGGACAAAGCGGAGUACAGACACCGCGAGGAGGGCCUGGAGCCGUUUGUGUACCCGUACGACCUUGGCUGGAAGGGCAACUGCCUUCAAGUGUUUCUGCUGUCGUGGUACGCCAAAGGCGAUGGGAUUACGUGGACGGUGCGCAAGGGCUGUGACCAGUACACGCUCACUAAGGAGCAGCUGGAGCAGAAGCAGAGGAAGAGGGCACGCAGCAUACUAUACCGCUGCACCAAGCCGUACAACGGUACCUACUGCCCUGUCCGCUACGGAUGCUGCCUGUGCUUGGGAUCUCCCAGCUUGUUUGACAGCCGCCUGGCAGUGCGCGAAGGUGACCGUGUGAUUGUGUCGCGAAUUCAGAAGCGCUGGCUAUACGGUGAGAUACUGAGCAGUGUGGAUGGAAGGAAGACGACACACUCCGAGAAUGGUAGCGACGCAGUCACAGUGCGGCGGAAGGGCUGGUUCCCACUGCAAUGUGCGGCGCCUCUAGAAAAGGACGACUAGGUUUGUUUUCAAUUGCGUCUGCGUUUAUUUGGUAUCUGCAUUUUUGCCAUAGCUAUGAGGAUGUAAAGAAAAUGGAACUGCAAUGGCCCUGGGCAAGGUGCACUCAUACAGAAUCGACGCGUCAGCGAAGUAUUGUAUGUGACAUAGUGGUUGCAUCAAUUAGCUGCAUUUCGUCCCGUUGCCGUUGUACGUUUUUUUCUUCGUGGCUGAGGUUUAGUGUACCUAACGAGAGUAUUGUUCUUACGGUGUUGGCUCUCUUCCUUGAUUUUCAACAUACGUCCACCUGCUGCCUUGCGGCAUCCGUUCUCGUUCAUAUCUACACCGUUUUCAUCCAGUUGUGUUCUCGUGCGAAAAAUGAAGGACAGUAUUUUUUUCCAAUAUUCCGAUUUUUAAGACAGUUUUACUGAUUUUGACCUGGCUUUUUUAUGCCAUCCACUCACCUGUGAACAACGCAUAUAUGGCUCAUAAAACCGUAUUGUGCCUGUGUGCAAAGUACUGUAGGUCUUGUUCUGAUGAAUUUUUAUAUAAAUACUUCGAAGUAAGAUGUUGCUGAGAAAGCAUGUUUGAAAAAUGGGCACUACACAAAAACUAGGAUUUGCAACCAAUGCAACUUUAGACUACCGAUGGCGAUGGCAUUUCUUGUUUCUCAUACAUCAACACAUUUGGCUGUCAAGCCAGUGCCUACAAUAGGGACUACUGUUUUUGACCGAUCUCUAAAUUAAACUCUUGGCCGUUCGGUUCCAGUACGA